UCUAAUCCGGAAUAAAAUGACCGCAAGGAGUGACAGCGGAAAUAAAGAUGCUGGCGGUUCAGAAAAGUUCGAGGAAACUCGUUCUGCACACACUAGUUUUGAAAAGAAUGAUGUGGGUAACAACCAAUCUGCUGUAGAAUCGCGUUCUAAUGGAGACGAAAAUCUUGCUGAAGGUACAAGUUUGGAAGUUGAAGAAGACCAGGUAAUUGUGUGAGCACUUUGGUUUAUUUCAGUAAAGCUGUAGGAUUUGAAAUUUGUUUUAAUAUCCUAUGUAAGAGCACUAAGGACAAUUUGAAGCAAUUUACCACCAUACAUGAAGCUGUUUUGCAACUAGAAAUACGUGAAUCGCAGGACCUCGCGUAGCACUUUGGGGGAACGACAAGCAGUAGGAAGAAAGGGAAAUAUUAAAGGCAAUAGGGAAGAAAAUUUAUGAAUUUAAAAAAACGUACGCUAUAUAACGAAACAAAAUAAAACUACAAUAACUAAAAAAACUGAACAAAAAGGAAAAAGAAAAGAAGAGAAAAGGAAAAACAGCUUCCCUCCGAAAGCGAACUCGGGACCUUCUACGUGCCGGGCCAUUUCAUUACCACUACACCACAUGCUCCAUGAUGUCACACAUUAGAUGUCGUCAGGGCGGACACCAAGCGAUAUAUAGAUUCAUAAAUAAUUAGAAAUAUGGGGCAUCCAAGUUAGCUGCUGGCUAAGACUGCAUGCACACGCUGCGCGCACCAUGAGAUUAUAAACUCUCGUCGCAAGGAACAAGCUCAAAUUAAAUUAUUUCAGAUUAGUUUUUAGUUUAGUUUUACCAGCUUUUCUGGACACAGGUCCUGCCCUGAGGGAAUGGCCACGAACGGGACUCAUAGGUCCCAUGCAAGAUGCCAUCCCUACCCAAUCCCACAACCCGUAAAGGUUGGCCACACUACCGGGGUCUACCUCCCCUGCUCUUUUUGAACAGUGGUGUGGGUUCUUUUACGUCCCCCAAGAACCAGAUCGGGGAAAGUGCUGUGAGACGGGACCUACGUUUUUUCAUCCUUAUCUAAGAAGACUAUUAAGUCUGACCAGUUGCAGAUGUCAUUACAAAGGCAGCACUUUCUUCUCAGUUAUUUGAAGACCCUGAGUGUUGGUCCGGCCGGGGUUUGAACCUGCAACCUCCCACUUGGUGGACCAGCGCUCUCCCAACCAAGCUAACCAGGCAGCGGUUUUAGUAUUUUAGUUUUACUGUGUUUCUUUAAUAAUUUACGUGCACUUUGCUAAGGAACCUGAAGAAGAUGAGUUUGAAGAGAUGAUAGCUGAAGGACUGUCCCAGUUGGGAAGAUCGGCUGAUGGAACUCUUCAAGUUUAUCUUAAUCUCUUCCUUCCCGUAAGUAUGCUUUUUGCCAUCAUUCAUAACAUUUUCACCUUUAAAUAUUCUAUCACUUCUGAUUUUAUUGUUUUUGUUCUUUUUGGUCUUAUUUUUUUUGACUGAUGACUUUUUAGGGAUGUGGACUGACAGAUAUUAUGUGCCUACAAGAAUAUGUUCACUUACAAACAGUAGUUCUUUCACACAAUUCUCUUACAGGUACCUUAAGUAUAGACAUAUCUUAAAUUUUGCAUUUUCUUUUUGUGAACUUUACAUGUUGUGAAUCAACAAAUUGUUAAGGAACAUUUUUGUUGUUGCACAUACGAGCAUUAUUUUUAUGUGCAUCACGGGAAAGUCCAAUUUGUUCUUUCCUCUAACUCCUGCAAAAGUAUUUUUCUGGUGAAAAUGUUUUUAUCAUAAUCAUAUAUAGUUUAUCUUGGCAAAAUAAGUAAUAAAUCCAAAACUAUGAUUGUACAUAGUUGAGUGAGAUUCCCUAUAGUAACUGUGGUUUGUAAAGGAGAUCCUUUUCUUUGAUGUGUGAAAAAUAUUUUCUUUGCAUUUGAUACUGUUGUGCAACAAACUUCAACAAUAAUAACAAUCUUUUUACUUGAGUAGGUGACUGUUUUCUACCACUUUUCGGGAAAUGAACCUUAUAAAAUCCUGUCCUUUUAGAAUACUGAAAAUGAGCAUGAGGCUUGUAUACUUGAGACUUGUCAUAGGCAUUUCCUAACUGAUAUUAAUGACAUUCAGCCCACCAAUCGCUUAACUUUAACACCAGUACAUAUUAAGGAUUUACGUCUGACAUUAGUUUUUAUGUAACUCACCUCAGGGUAGUUUCCUAUCACUGCAUACUUAUAUUCUCUGUUUAUCCAAUUAGAUUUAAAUCCAUUAGGCAGCAUGCCAUAUUUGGUAUCACUUGAUGUAUCACACAAUCAACUCAGCUCUGUUUUAGAUUUCUCUCCUCCACUUGGUCUGAGGGUAAGUGAACUUAAACAGACAACUUUGAACUUGGAUGCUGCCACUGAAAUGAGAGCAUUAUUAGGCUGCAUCCAUUACUACAGAGAAAGCAGAAUUAAGAUAUAUUAUAUAUAUUUUAUUAGAUGAGCAAUAUCUUUUAGAUCUCCCACCUCAUUAAAAAUUAUUGAUGUCUCCCAUCUUGACCAAAAGAAAAAAAAUACAUCCCCCUUCCCCACCCCUCUUGAUUAGGAAAGUAAAUAACUAACAUUUCUCCUCUAAAUCCUCUGCCACCCCCACCCCCUUCCUUUGGUAUACAUAAUAACUACAGCUUAAUUUUAUUUAUUUAUUUUAUUUUAUUUUUGUUUUGUGUUUUUAUUGACACAGGAGGUGAACCUGUCUCACAACUGUAUAGAGACACUUCCUGAUCUUUCAGCUCAUCAUUGCUUGACAACUCUAAACCUGGACUGUAUCCUCAUAGACUUUCAUUUUAAUUUAGUUAACAUAAUAUAUUUGUAACAUUAUCUGUGUAGAAAAAAAUCGUUCCAAGGCUAAUAGAAAGGCUCUUCUUUACCUGUACUUUUUAACGGGUAUGUAGUGUUUUGAAUUGUUUGGUCUCUAUUUCAUCCAAUGAGAUACGACGUGCUGUUUUUAUGGCCUUAACAUUUGCAUUUACAGCUAAUUUCAUAUCAGAGAUCCAGGGUUUGUCUAACUGUUAUCGUCUGUCACAUCUGAGCCUAAUGAAUAACAAGAUCACUCGAAUUGCCAACCUUGACCAUCUGCCUCUGAAAUUUUUAAAUCUGGUGAGUAAAUAUCAACUUCGUAGCGAUUAAUCAAUCGCACUGCAACAAAUUGAACCUCCAAGUGCAACCACUUCAUUUUCAAAACUCAAUUUUUUCCAGUCAAAGCACUAUCUAAUGGUAAAAAAAUUAAUAAUUUUCUUAAAAGAUUUUCACUGUGCUUAUUAAAUAAUCUCCUAACUACUACAGUUAACUGACUCAAGUGUUAUUUUCUGUUUUUAGAGUAACAAUAAUAUCAAGAAAAUUGAAAAUUUAGAAACGUUAAAAUACCUAGAGGUGAGUGUCAGAGUUUCCCCUAUUAAUUUAUACUUAUUUUUGCAGUGCAAACAUUGGAAAUCACUACAAGGUAGCCCUUAUUUAAAAACAAAAUAUUAUUGUAUCUUUACCUCUUUUGUCAGGUUAUUAAUUUGUCAAGGAACAGUGUUAGAAGCAUGAAAGGUCUUCAGAACCAUAAAUUACUACAAGAGAUUGACCUGGAGGAAAACCAGGUUUGUGAAUUAAUACAUCACACUGAAAUGAACUAUUAAUCUGUCAGUGCUGUUAGAAGUAAGAGCUGGAAUGUCCAUCAUUUAUUGCAAUCAAUUCAUUGGCAUUUUUUAGAUGAACUGCUUUAUGAAGCAGUAUUUAUAGUCACUAAAUGCCAGCAAAUGGUGGCUUUGUUGCUUGUUAUAAUCUUAUUGUUUUUGGUAGAUAAUUGACAUAGCUGAAGUGAGGUACAUCAGAGAACUGAGUUUGCUGCGGAAUCUGAAUUUCCUUGAUAACCCAAUCCAGGUAUGAAAUGUGAUAUUCCUAUCCCCUCCCACUCCCCCAUAAGGUAAUUACAUUGUAGAAAAUUGUAUUAUUAUUUUUUUCAUUUUAUUUGCCACACAAUAAUAGAAAUUACAAAUAAUGUAGGAACAGUGGGAAAAAUAAGUGGCAAGGAGACUUAACAGAAACUAUGGGAGCUCAGGAGAGGUUAGGCCUUCUCGAACUAUGACCUAGAACUGCUUAUGUCAAUUGAAAAGAAGAUGCUGAAAGUCGGAGGUGUAAAGAUUUAUGAUCGGUUUUCAUAUUUACUUAAUAACUUCAGUAUUUGUCUUUAAUAAAGGAGGAAAGGGAUUGAGAGUUGUUGACCUCGUUGUAAAGUGAAUUAAAAAACUUAGGUCCUUCAAAAAAAGCCUUUCACUACACAACUUCUCAAAAACCUUAGAAGAUUGUCAUUUCAAGUCCUGAUUUAUUUUACUUUCUGUAUAUAGGGUAUGCCAGACUACAGACUUUCCUUGUUAUUUAGAAUACAAAGUCUAACAGAGUUGGAUCGCUCCAAAGUUUCAGUCGAAGAAAAGGUAUAGUAAUGAAUAUACUGUAAUAUCAUCUGUCAUUACGCUCAGAUCAUUAAGUAAGUUCUAUCUUUUGCUGAAGUAUAAUCACAGAUAACGCACUCUUCACUCUGGUUACCUGUCUAUUAUCUUAGUGAAUCUCCCACAUUUAUUCAUCUUACCCAUUUGAAGGAACUUAGGUAACAGAUAAAGUAAAUAAUUGGUACAAAGUGAUGGAAAAUAUUUUGUCAUUCGUAAUUUGUUACAGUUACAUCAAGUUGGGCAAAAAUGUUUGAUUCACAGCUGGUGACAUUUUUCUUUAUGGUGUAUUUUCCUCUUUUGACUACUUUUCAUUUACUUCUUAGGUUGCAGCUGUCAACAUGUUUAAUCCUCCCCCAGAGGUCGUAGCAGCACGUGAUCAUAUGUUUCACGUGACCAAGUCUCUUCUCCAGGCCACAAGAAUUCAUGACAGGUCAGUUGAGUAAUGCAAGUCCGUUCCUUCAUUUAAACGUCCUACAAAUGUAAUACACUGGUCAAUUAACCAAAAAAAGUUCUUAGUCUGAUUUUGGAACUACAUUACGGUAACGAUCGAAAAAAUAUGAACAAAGUUAAGGAAAAGUACGGAUUUUACAAAUUAUUACCUUUCAAAGGUGGAAAGCUAAACUAUACUUCCUGUGCGGGUUUUGGGAAAUUUUUGUUGCAGAGUGUAUCGUUUUGUGAGUUUUCGAAGUAUGCAAAUAGUGUAAUAAUCGAACUUAAAAGGGGACUGUUUAAGUCACCAAUUAUUCCUCUGUAUAAUUUUGUUUCCUAUGAAAGUAACCAGCGUACGUGCUCAUGGAAGCCGGUGGAAAUCCCCGGUCCCCGGCCUCCGACCCUUAGUAAAAGCCCUAAGUUAUAGUCAGUAUACCCUGUUCUUAUUUAUGAUCUCUCUCUCUUUCAGUACCCUCCCGAGUGUGGAUACACCAUAUCCUAUGUUAAUCUUGUGCGGUCCCCCCGGGUCUGGCAAACGAUAUCUGGCAAGAAGACUUUGUCAAGAGUUUCCAGACUUCUUCGGCUUUGGGUGAGAAAGAAAUUUCGAUUUAGCUUUUGUUUUAAGUUGUUGAGAGGCAAGUUGCAAGAAAGGUGUUGUGCAAGAAAGUCUUCAGACUGAUUUACUGACAUUGUUAAGUUGCUGACAAGAAUCAAAUUUCGCAAAUCUAUCGAAAAUCACGAAGUGGUGAAUAGGAAUCCAUCCUGUGCCACGUUCAUUAAGGGCCACUUACAUGUACGUAAAAAGGUACCCUCAAACGAAGCUUUUACUUACAACGUUAAGAUUUAUGCAACGUAACUUGUCUGUUCCCGUGUAUUAAGCCGUUAUUAGGGGUGGGAAUAGUCUGAAAUGUCAUCCGUCUCUUCGCCACACCCUUCCCCUCCAUCCCCCCUCCCCCCUUCCCUACUAACGGGCGGCAAGGCGAGAGAGACUGAGUCUGAAUUCCCAGCGUUUUAAUGCCGCCCGUCUCUCUCGCCUCGCCGCCCGUUGGGGGGUGGGGUGAAGAGACGGGUGACUUUUCAGACUAGGGUGGGAAGGGAUACGAAAACGUUUUUGAGUCUUUUAGAAAAAAAACUUUAUUAUCAACCAAAUUUUUCCACACUUGUGGAUACACUGGUUAAUGUUCAAACGUCAUUUCCUUCUUAGCGUCUGUCACACGACAAGAUCGCCUCGUACCAAGGAAGAAAAUCUUGAAGAUUAUUUUUUCGUAACGCAAGAAGAAUUUGAACAAGGGGUAGUGAUGGUGAGAUUCCACUCUGCUCUUGAUUGUCUUGCGCUUUUCAUCUUUCCGUUAAUGUGUUAGUUACUCGAUUUCCCUUCCUUUUUUGACCUUUUCUUUUUUCUUCUACUAUCCUAUUUCAUUUUCAUUUCAUUUUUUUUUUCAUUUUAUUGUCAUUCAUUUGCAGGGCAAGUUCCUUCAGACUUGCCAGCUAGCGGGAAACUGGUACGGAGUCACGAGAGAGGCCGUGGAAAAUGUGGCCCGCGAGGGACUUGCUGCAGUGUUUCAUAUGGACUUACAGGUUUGAAAUUUUGUUCAAGUUACAUUGGCGUCAAUCAACGUUAAUUAUUUUUAACGUCAAUCACGUUAAUUAUUUUUAAUCGUGCUGCUGAAGGAGAGCAUGAAUAGAUACGAAUCAUACGAUUACAACUUUUAAAACACAAGGGAACAAUAAGCUACAAUAACUAAUAAACCAAGAAAUAUACACAAAGAGGAAGGGGAUCAUGUCAAUGUAUUCAUUUGCACAAAUGGAGAACUGAAUAUGGCUCUUGAUACCUAGCGCACAUUGAAAGAGAAGGAUCAUUUCAACUGCGUUAACUUCUUCCUGCUUUAAGCAUUAUACCGAAACGUAGAUGUAGCGAUCCUAGUUGUCAAAACACUGCGGUCAACUUCUGUUAUAUCGGUGCUCUUGUUAAAUACCUUGCUGUAAGGGGCUUUAAUUGGGGAAAUUGUGUGAUUUAUUUUACUUAAAUGUACUAAAACGUUCAAAAAUCAGUGCUAAAACGUUUAUACCUUAUUUUUUAAUAGGGGGUCUUGAGUUUCAAGAACACCUAUUUUGAACCAAGAUAUGUUUUGGUGGUUCCUGUAUCAAAGGAGGUGAGAAUGUAAAGAACUCCUUCAGUUUGAUCGUUAAUUUAUUUGCCAUCAGAAGGUAUCUGUUCCCAGGGAAUGUGUCACUCAAGGAUGCGGCGCAGUGUAAGAUAUGUAGAUCACGGGGUCCUGAACACUGCAAGCUAUUACUGUGGACUGAACUCAAUGUAUUAGUUAUUUUGUAUUUUCAUUUGCAUGAUGUGUUUUUCUAUGCUCGAAAAUUCGUCGCGAAUAUUAAUAAACAGGCCCAAUGGCACACUUCGCAGUGUUUUUACAACUCAGAGUUUUGCGGUUGUCGUUGUUUUCAGAUUCAUGUCGCCCGCCUCCGUGAACGCGGUGAUUAUGCAGAGCCUAUGUUACUCCAAUCAUUAGAGCGAGCUGAUGCGUGCCUACACCACAACAGAGAUAACCCUGGUUUCUUUGACAUGGCAAUAAGCAGCGGUAAGAAAUUGCAUGGUAUUCAUCUCUUAAAACAAGGAAAUGUCUUUCUUUUUCGUCGUAGUAAUUUUUAUUUUAUUUUCUUAACCAUAGAUGACCUUAGCGACGCUUAUAAGCGUCUUAAACGCCUUAUUAUGGAAUACUUGGGCAUGUCACCUCCGUCAACAGUGCAUUCCGAUCUGUUCAGCGGUAGCAUGACAUCGGUUGAUACCAGCCAAUCAGAAGACACCUUCCAUCAAGCGGAUAAAUCUGGUACCAGUCAAACUACAAGUAUCACGGUCAACAUGGCAGCGAGAACCUGGUCACGUCCAUCCGACUCCUCCACCCUACCCUCCAAGGGCAUUAAAUUGAAGCAGCACAGGACACCAGUGGUGAGAGAAGUUUUACAUGUGAAUAUUUUUUAUUUCGAGAACAAUUUUUUGUCAACUCUUAGUUUAUCACUCGGCUCUUCACAAGCUUGCAGGGGUAAAAGACAACUUUGAAGCGUCCAUAAUAUCCGUAGAACUUGUAGUACGUGUCCUAAGUAAACUAGCAAUACACAGCCUUCUAAGGAAAGUUCACUUAACCUGAAGACAUAUUCCAUUUUUUGCACCUGUUCCUCCUUCUAGGAAAUCCUGUCACUUGAGCGUCGACAGACCAAAGCCAAGGCGGCAGUGGCGGGAAUUCAUCAGGUUUCACUGGAGCAAUUUAUGACUUCAAGGUAUACACAAUAACUGAAACCGAUAACUGUUGGCGCUUGUCCCUUUAUAACUUUGCUGUUUGUCACGUCACGAAGUCAUCCUCAUCUCCUUACUAACAGGUAGCAUUGCUUCAAACUGUUUAGUUUUCUGUUUGGAGCGGAGUGUAGUUGUAUUUUCAGUGUAACUUUCGUUUUCCCCAGUGUUGUUGAAUGUCUUUUAUUAAAGAGGGACACGGCUUCUAUAUCACUUUCUCCUCUAUGUUCCUCGUGGAUAAACACGUGGCCUGAUUAUUCAUAUUUCAGACACGCAGUUUCAGCCAGUUUCCAGCCAUCAACAGCGCACUUUUCCUCCUCCGGGGUCAAACGCUCCACAUCAGAACCUCUCAACUUCAACCCCUCAUUGGCCUCCAUGGUCGCAAACGCCAGCAGUCAAAAUGAGGCGAGAGAAGCGGGCCUGGAAUCGAACAUCUCUGAAUCGGACGAGGAUCAGGAAUCCGCUUCAUCCAUCAUAUCUUCUGCGCGUGCGUACUCUGAUAACGGAGUCCAGUCUCCAAGAGACUCGGACGAGCAAGAAGGGGAAGACUCGAGAGACUUGCUGGAUUUCAUUCCAACGGAGACACUUGACUCACAAGAAACCGCUUCUGCUCCUUUCUCGGGUGUUUUUGGUCAAGUAGAAAUUGCAAAUUCUAUAUAACAAUUUGAUUUCUUUUAAUGCGUCAGAAGUAAGACACUUAUAAUUUCCACGUGGGAAAAAAUUAAACUCACGAGCAGCGAUACUUGAGUUGAAGAUACCAUUUUCCAUCGUUUGAGUGAUCAAUCCAUCUUUUGGAAAUGAACCAUGUGACUUAGUAAAAUUUGAUUCAUAAAGUGAAAGAACUGUAAAAUUUUACAGCCGAGUAAACUCGUGAAAUGCAAAAAUAUAGUUUUCUAAAAGCGUGCAUGCUGAAAGCCAACGUUGUACAUACGUGUUUUUUCUUUUCCUCGAUAUAUUUUCUGUUUUUGUAAAUAGUUAUUU